AAAGCAAUCGAUAGAGGAAACAAAAAAGGGGGUUUCGUUCAAUUUAUUAUACGUUUAUAUUUGUUGUUUUCUCUUGGUGGGGGGGUGGGACGAUUUUAAACACGAAAUAUUUCUCAAUAUAAAUAAAUAAGAAAUAAAUUUAAAUGAAUUAAAUUAGGCAAGCCUGGGGACUUCAUAUUGCUUUUCAGUACAACCCGGAGAGGAGGGGAGAGAAAUGAGGCGACGGGUCUCGACUGCUAAAAAAUUAAGAGAGAUUUAAUUAAAUUAAAAGGGAUAUUAUUAUUAUUUUUUCUGCGGCUCGAUUGGGAUAAAGGAAAAAAAGACAGAAAAAGAAAAUAAAGAAAUUAUUCUCCUUUCCGAUUGGGAAUGUAAAUACAUCUCGGUGGGGGGGGGGGGAGAAAAAAAAAAGUAAACUUUAAUUUAUACAAAAUAUCAGAUUAUAAACCCGACCUGAAAGGCUGUGCUUAAACAAAACACAAAACUUAUAUUAAUAUAUAUAUAUAUAUAAUGCCAGCUAAGCCUUCGUGUCGUGUUGACCCGGGUAUAAAUCGUGAUGAAUAAUAACAAUAAAUAAAAUAAAUUGCUGUUUUUUUUUUCUAUCAAACUUCGUGACAGAACCCAAGACCUUAUUGUGAAACGUGUCUUUAAACGGAUAAAUAAAUAAAUAAAUCCAUAAAUAAAUAAAUAAACAAAAACAAAAAAAAAAAAAACCACACACACACCCGAAGGAAGAAAACACAGUGAAACGGGAUGUUGUGUUUUGAGGGGAGUUUAACACGCCGGGAUUAAAAGACUGCUCAGCUUUUAUUUAUUUUUGUAUUUUUUUUUCCCCCCCUCCCCCUCCCCAAGGAUACAAAACAAGACCCCUCAUUUUUAUUUAUUUAUUUAUUUAUUUUUUUUAUUGGGGUGUCUCAGAACUUGGGGGGGGAAAACAAAAAAAGUGUUUUUUUUUUUUUUUUUCCACGAUCACGAUGGAAGGCCCCUGUCGAAGCAGCGGCUCUCGCCAAGGCAGGAGAUCCCGGUCUCAGCGCGACCGGGAGCGGCGGAGGAGAAGACCAGCCCAGCUCGGGGGAAACCGGGCCUGCUCCCCGUCCUCGGGUUCGGAGCUGGGCGAAGCCCCGGGACCGGGAGGCGGGGGGGACACGGGACCCGCACCCUGCAACAAUAGACCGAGACCGCCGCGCCGGAGGAAGAAAGAGUCGGUGUCCUGCCAAGAGGAUCUGAUAGACGGCUUCGCCAUCGCCAGCUUCGUCUCCCUGGAAGCGCUGGAGAAGGACGCAGCUCUGAAACCUCCAGAUCGAGCCCGCGUUUGGGAACGCCUCAGCGGGAAAAGAAAGCGCCCGGAAGAGAGAGGGCUGGCCUCGGAGCUGGAGGAGAGGAGAGAGGGGGAGAGAGCUCAGUGGGAGAGGGAGAGAGCCUACGGAAUGGGAGAGCUUGGCAGAAGAGCGAAGAGGAGGAGGAAGAGGAGGAGAAGGAGGAGGAGAAGAGGAGAGUGCGACACGGAGAGUGACUCUGAUGACAGGGGGUGUGAUGCUAAUUUCGAUCAGCCCUUCACAGUCUCCACAAGUACAAUUCCAGAAUCCGCGGUGAACCACGCUCCUCGCCUCUCCGUGACCUCCAGAAUAUCUGGCAUCCAACGCAGCCAGGAGAGGAACCAGGAACCAGACAGCGUCCCCUACCUGCCGACGGAGCCCCCCAACCUGCUCCCGGGCCGGCGACUGCACCCCGCUUCCCCCUCGCUGCCCAAAGAGGCGCGGAGAGGAGACAAGCCCUCCCCCUUCUGCAGCUACCACGCCCACCUCCCUGCCAGGACCACCCUGAACCCCCGGUCGAACCCGAGUCCGGGGAGCCGCUUCGCCCCACAGCCCAAGCCCCAGGCAGUGUACGGGGCAGGUCCCGGGUUCAACAGCCGCUGCAGCACUCCAUCAAAGACCCCCACCUCUUCCUCCUCCUCUUCCAGCCAGCUCUCUCUCCACCGGCCCUCCACCCCUUCCGGCCUGGCACUGUCACUCAACCCCCCCUUCUCAGGGGGUCUCCGGCCCCCCUCUCGUCCAGGGGGGAGACCCUUCACCCCCUCGCCCGGCCUGCCCCCCCCUCCCCCCUUGCUGCAGACGGGCCCCGUGGCAGGGACUGCCUCUGUGUUCUCAGAACAGGACCUGAUCCGACAGGAGCUAAACUCCCGUUUCCUCACCUCCCAGUCGCGGGGAGGGGGCGGGGCAGAGCGGGUGGGGGGCGGAGCCGGGAGCGAGGGGAGGGGCCCAUCAGCCGCCGCCGCUGCCCCCACUGGGUCUGGGACGGCCUCCGGCCCGGCCAGCAUCGGCCCGUUGGCGUUCCAGUUUCACCAGCAUAACCACCAACACACGCACACGCACCAGCACUAUACCCCCUUCCUGCCUCCCAGUGCUGCUGCCACCGCUGUGGUACCAAACACCCCCGCCGCCCCCAUGUUCGAGAAGUAUCCUGGGAAAAUGGAGGGGCUCUACCGACACAGUUUCUACCCAACCUAUCCUCCUUCAGUCUCUGGCCUCCCUCCAGUGCUGCCACCUGCUGGAACCUUCAGCUCACUACAGGGAGCUUUUCAACCAAAGACAACCAAUCCGGACAUAGCAGCGAGAUUGGGGGCAGUGCCUCACCCCUUGCAGGCGAAAGAUCCGCGCCUCACAGAUCCAUUCAGGGCUGCGUUACGAGUGAGUAGUAAACCUGGGAAGUGGUGUGCAAUGCACGUAAGAGUUGCAUGGAUGAUUCUGCGGGAUCAGGAGAAAGUGAAGCACAUGCAGGCCGAUCCUCACAAGCCUGAUUUCCCCAAUGACCUCAUCACCCGCGUCCCAGGCUCCGGUUCCAUGGGCCCCCUCUCCGGAGCUCACGAUCUCUCCCGCCCCUCCUCCCUGUUCUCUGCCAGCGGGGCGGUCCAUCCUGGCUCCUCCCCCUUCGCCCCGCCCACUGGACCCCCUAACCCUUUCUUAACCCCGCCCUCGCACCUAGAUCAUUACAGACGCAGCCCCUCCUACACCCCCCUGGGACCCCUCGGCAAUGCCGCCUUUGGUGGGAUCAGGAGCCCCAGUAUCGCUCCCAGCUUGCUCUUCGCUCACAAGGAGAGCCCUGGAGGGGCGCAGGGUUUCACCAACCCCCAGGACCCCUAUAACAGGCUGCACCGCGCACCCCCCUCCUUCCCCACCGCCCCCGCCUGGCCCAGAGGGGGUGACAGAGAGCAAGGGGCCAACAGCAGCAGCAGUAGCUCUCUCGACCGGGAGAGAGAGAGGGAGCGAGAGAGGGAGAAAAGGGUGAUCAAGGAUGAGAAAGAGAGGCACGGGGCUUACAGCCGUCACCCUGUCCGGAUGUCUCCUGUCACCCCAAACCAAAAGUGCGCCCCCCCCACCUCCACACCCCCCUCCAGCUCCGCGCCAUCCCACAGCAACGGGCACUCUCUCACCGGCGAGGAAAAGAGACGAGGGGGACGAAACUCGAGAGAGCACAGCCAGGACAGAGACAAAGAGAGGGGACAGCUUUCUGUCCUGUCCUCGCACCGAGACAGAGACGGACCGAAAUUCCUGUCCAACGAUGUGGCCCCGAGAGACAACGGUUCUUUUUCGGAGCAGCACAGAAUCAGAGAGCAUCAGGCUGUGGCCAGCCAUCAAAAUAACGACAGCAACAGCUGUGGCCACCUUUCCUCAUCCUCUCCGCACAGACCGUUGCGGGGCGACCCGUCCGCAGGGAGUUCAGGGCGAGUGGUCCCUGCGUCUUCCUCAAAUCCUUCUUCUACUGCUCCUCCUUCCCUGUCAAACUCGCUCCCGGACAAGGACAGUUGUGGGAGAGAGGGCGGGAACAAAAAGUCUAGCACCGUCACUCCUCUGUCUUCGUCGUCUACUCCCACCGCUGUGAAUUCGGUCAGAGAGAAUGGGCGGGCUUCGACUGGAGAGAAGCAGAGGGAGAGCCAGGAGAGAGAUCUCGAUCGCAAGCCCAGCCCGGAACAACUCCUGACCCCCAGGAAAUCCGAAAGCUGUCCCACCAGCUCAACAACCCCUCCUCCCUCCCUUCUCCCCGUCCCGCUUGUCAAAGUCAAACAGGAACGCAAAGAGGAGCCCUCUGAGCCUAUCCCAAUCCCCACCCCUCCCAGAGUGGGGCCUCCUCCUCCUCCUCUCCUCCCCUCGCACCCCCUCGGCUCCCUCUCCGUCCUGGAUAGGACCAGGGCACUUGGGGCUGCCUAUCUCGGGGGGCAGGUCCCAGCUCACCCGCCCAGCCAUCACCACUCCCCAGCCUCCUUCUGGAACCUGCAGGAAGCUUUUCAGCUUCAGCAGCAGCAACUGGCCCACCAGAGGCGGGAGAUGGCUUUAGCCGACCCCCAGAUCGCGCGCUUCUUCGCUGCCCAGCACAGGUUUUAUGAGCAGGAGAGGGCGGGGUACGUCCGAGAGGAAUUUGGCGGGCACCCCCUGAGGUCCCACAGGGUGCUGUGUCCCGAGACUCUGUACAGCCCCCAUCAUGCCCACCAGAACAACGGGCUCCUUUCCAAGACCCCCUCCUCUAUCGUCGGCCCGCCCCCGCCUCUCAUCCCCUCGGGGGCCGGCGCGGGGCCCUCCAGGAGCGGCACGGGCUCCCCGCGAGACCCCAGCAGGAUGGACCAGGCUGGGAUAUACAACAGAGACUCCAGAUAA